ACCAACCUAUUUUGGAAUCCUUGAGUCAAUUUAAAUGGACAUACCAGGGAACAUAUGGUUGGAUGCCAGGGAGACUUUUCUGGGUCAAACGCAGAUUUUACAGACAAACACAACUUCCAUGCUGUCUUUUUCUCCACAUGGAAAGCUGCUGCUCGAGGUGCUCAUGGUGCUCAUGUGUGUCGGCGCAGUGACGGGAAAUAUCCUGGUCAUCAUGAUUGUGGUGGCAACAAAGACAUUCCACAGUGUGACAUCUGUGCUCAUUAUUAAUUUGGCAAUCAGUGACUUCCUGGUUGGCAUUGGUGUCAUGCCAUUUGUAGCUGUUUCUAUCAUGAAUAAUGGAUGGGUGAACUGCACUGAUUUAUGUCUUUAUGUGGGUUACACUUCCUCAGUCUACUGCAGUGCUUCAGUCCUAACACUUGCAGCUAUUGCGUUGGAUCGCUACUACUCCAUUGUGGACUGUCUGCGCUAUAAUUCACGCUGUACUCUAUGGCGAACCUGCGCAGCUGUACUCUGGAUUUGGCUACAGGCUGUGAUCACCAGUUGUCCCCCUCUCCUAGGCUGGAGUAACAUCAGCUUUGUAAGCCCCAUGUAUAGCUGUGCUGUCAACUGGGCUAGCAGUCCCAGCUAUACAGUCUUUAUGGCAGCUCUCUGCUUUUUCCUUCCUGCCACAGUAAUACUCUUUUGCUAUGUGAAGAUUGUGCGAGUGGCCCAGCACCAUGCUCAGAGGAUCCACAGCCUUCAGCAGCAUUUUCAACACAGCAAGGGCCACCCCGUAUCCUCACCGUUUGAAUCAUCCCACCAAUAUUCAACCGUAGACGUGGAAGUGCAUGACCCAUCUAGGCUUGUGUACUAUGUAAGUAGGAGGUUUGUGUCAGAAUCUCAGUUCGAUGUUCCUCAUCCUAAUACAGAUCUAACAGGAGAUUCAGUGUCACAAAUUUAUGGUAAAAGUAGCUCCAGACAUAAUCGUGGACGUCUGCAUACCUUCCUUGCUCAUCUCCAAAAUGCUAGCACGCUGCAGAACAGUCAACCACAGCAACAUGGUGUUGUGAGGCUUUUCAUAGUUAUCGCUGCCUUCUUUCUGUGCUGGACACCUUACAUUGGAGUUGCUCUGGUGCAGGCCACAGAGACUGCCCUCUCACAAUCCGCAAGCCAGGUCCCACCUGCAGCUGUCACUUUCUCUUACUGGCUUGUCCUGUUCAACUCAGACAUUAACCCAUUACUGUAUGCUCUACUUAGCAAGCGAUUCCAGGGGGCAUUAAGUAACCUUAGAAAGAAGAUGCAGACAAGGUUAGGUAUGAUUCAAAAGGUAGAAGAAGGAAGAACAGAUGAAGAUGGUGGAGUGUUCACAACUCCCGCUUAUGUCAUAGCCAGUGCCACAGAUCAGAAUCGUCAAGAUAGUGGACUUCAUCAGAAUGGGUCUAUGUCCUCCACUGUUUUAACAAUGAAUACAACUUUUCCCAAAAGUUAUAAGCAGGAAACAAACCAAGUCCUUUUACCAGGCAGUAUGUUAUCUUCAUUUUCUACUUCUUCCUCUUCUGUUUCCCUUUGUCAUAACUGUGGUAGAAAUACCCCAGGAAAUUCAGACUGUCAGCAGGUUCGCUCCAAGUCACAUGGAUGGGACAAACUACAAAGUACCUCUGUAAUCAAUGAGAGACAUGCAACGUUUUUUUAUGGCCAGAUCGCUGUCCGAGUGGAACAGGAAAUCUGCUGAGACUGCAUUAGAUUAUUCGCCCACAAACAAGCUAAAAAUGAAUCUGCAUGGCUUUAGCUGUUGUAUUUUAGGAAUUAAAAGUUCAUUUGUGUUUGUUACAUAAAAGGAAAUUUGCCUGUGUAAACGGCCAAUUAUGCAGAAUUCCUUAUAAUACUUUGAAUAGGAUUGCAUCCAGGUUUAACUCAUAGCACUAAUUAAAAAGAAAACCUGAAAGAAAUAUAUCUGUGAUAAUGCAAAGGUUCAAAAAAGGUGAUUUGUACCAUGGAACACAUUUGACAUUUUGAAGUAAAACUAAGUAAUUAAAAAUACCAUAAAAUAUUACUACAUAAUGAAAUGGCUGUUUUGUAAAAUAAUGUUUAUUGUGUGGUUAUCUCAUAUCCGUUUUUAAAUAGAGCAGGGGUCCUGAUUUAAAAUUUAAGAAGGUCCAGUCAAUAAAAAGUUUUUUGAGCCAAGGUCCGAAUUUCAUGUUUUAUGUGUGUUAAGAUUCAGCCCUUU